AAACUACGCCUGUGAUCUGACGUGAGGAUAUGUGGCUCGCAAACGCAGAUUGACCCAACACACCUGGCUCCGAGCUUGACUCGCAAUCUGUGCCAGCGCUUCGACUAAUUAUGAGCCUCACCCCCCAGAUCCGCUUGCUACCUGCCAACUGGAAGAUAAAUCUGUCCACCACGUUUCAUUGCAUGGGAUUUCACUCAACAAGGAAUCUGCCCCUCUCAUUCUAGGUCAAGACGAGGAGACCAAGACAGUGCCGAACCCGGGAGACAUUGAAGAGGGCAGGGACGUAUACCGUCCUGGUGGAUUCCACCCGGUCUACAUUGGGGAUGUGUAUGCGGGGAAAAUACAUGGUCCUGAACAAGAUUGGAUAUGGUGUCUACUCGACAGUCUGGUUGGUCUGGGACCUGACAAAAGCCAAUGAUAACGAACACAGAUUUCUAGCCCUCAAGGCCCUCAGUGCUGAGUCGUAUGACGAAUCUCAGCCCAUAUUCGAGAGGGAGAUUCUCACCCACCUUCACAACGGUGACCGUUGCCAGCUCGGGUACAAGUAUGUUUGCCAUUACCUCGACGACUUCGAGCACCAAGACCUCAACGGCACGCCUGUCUGCCUCGUUUCUGAGCUCUUGGGGAAGACGAUGCGAAGCUUUGGCGCGUGGUUCAAAGAGAGCAUGAUCCCUUGCCCGGUCAUGCGCAUGUUCGACGGCGGAGCUCCCCCCGACGGACACUACGAGCUCAAGGAGCAUGUGGCCGAGAUCGUGUACUUGUUCGGCCCCUUUCCAAAAAGAGUUACUAGUGAAGGGAAAUCAGGGCCUUGUUCGGAGAAUCUUUGAUGGCUGAAGAAAGCCCAAUGAUUCCCCUCCGAUUGAUGGACCGCCCUUGGCAUCCGACGAGGUCAUGCCGGGUUUGAACGAUGAGGUCAGGGACAAGUUCGCAUCCUUUCUUACAUUCAUUAUGAAGAUAAACCCGACUGAGCGG